AUGUUAGAAGAUAAGAAUGCAAAAGAGAAUGAUGUAGAGAAUGUUGUAGAGAAUGAUGUAGAGGAUGAAGAAAAGGGCGAAGAAAAGGAAGAGGACAAGACUCAAGCUAGUGGCGUUGACAAUAAUGAUGCUACUAAUACCAUAGCUCAAACUGAAUUAAAACAAACUGAACCUCCUACUAUUCCUGUUAGUAAAUUUUAUCCUGAUGGAAUAUAUCCAGAAGGAGAAAUAUGUGAAUACAAAAAUGACAACCUUAAGAGAAUCACAAAUGAAGAAAAAAGAAACCUUGAUAGAAUGCUUUUUGAUGGUUAUAAUGACAUUCGUCGUGCUGCAGAAGUACGUAAACAUGCUCAAAAAACUAUUAAGCCAGGAAUGACAAUGAUAGAAAUUUGUGAGUUAAUUGAAAAUUCGACUCGGUUAUUGAUAGAAGAAAAUGGAUUGUCAGCAGCACAUUAUACACCAAAUUCUGGAGAUAAAACAGUGCUACAAUAUGAUGACGUUUGUAAAAUUGAUUUUGGGACACAUGUUAAUGGUCGUAUUAUAGAUAGUGCUUUUACGCUAGCCUUCAACCCAGUUUAUGAUAAUCUUAAAGCUUCUGUUAAAGAUGCUACAAAUACUGGUGUUAAAGAGGCAGGUAUUGAUGUAAGAUUGGGUGAUAUCGGGGCAGCUAUCCAAGAAGUUAUGGAAAGUUACGAAGUUGAAAUAAAUGGGAAAACACAACAAGUUAAACCAAUACGUAAUUUACAUGGACAUUCAAUACUUCCAUAUCAAAUUCAUGGAGGUAAAUCAGUUCCUAUUGUCAAAAAUGGAGAUCAAACCAAAAUGGAGGAAGGGGAAUAUUUUGCUAUUGAAACAUUUGGAAGUACGGGGAAAGGGGUUGUUCAUGAAGAUGGAGAAUGUAGUCAUUAUGCAAAACGACAAAAUCUUGGACAUAUUCCUUUAAGGGUUGCAAGAACAAAAGCACUUUUAAAUUCAAUCAGCAAAAAUUUUGGUACACUUCCAUUUUGUCGUCGUUAUCUUGAUCGAGUGGGAGAGACAAAAUAUGCAUUAGCAUUAAAGAAUUUGGUUGAUGCAGGUGCAGUGGAAUCAUAUCCGCCACUGGUUGAUAUUAAAGGUUCAUACACUGCCCAGUAUGAACAUACAAUAGUUCUAAGACCUACAUGUAAAGAAGUUCUUAGUAGAGGUGAUGAUUAUUAA